AUGUGUAUGUCUGAAAGUUUAACUAAAUUAAAAGUUAAUGUCAAAGAUUUUGAUGAUUGCCUUUAUCUUCUUGAUUCCAAUCUCGAAUGCUUAUCGAAAUUAAUUAUUAAUGUGGAACAUAUUGGACCUAAAGAAAAUGUUACGCUUGCCACAAAAAAACUUCCUAAAUUGAAAUAUUUUUCAUUGUGCUCGAUUUAUGAAACAUUUAAUUAUGAUGAGAGAAUUAUUCCAUUACUCCAUCGAAUGAUAAAUCUUGAAGAAUUGAUAUUGUUUUUGUCUGUAGUAAAAUUUAGCUCAGAUGUUAUUGAUGGUAUUCAAUUACAUGAUGAAAUUCUUGUUCAUAUGCCACGAUUAAAUAAAUAUACUUUCAGUAUAAAUACAGACCUUCUUAUCGAAAAUGAUAUAAAAACUGUUAUUACAACAAAAGAAGACAUUCAACAUAGUUUCAUUGGUAAAGAAUUUGAACAAGUUCAAGUUGGUUCAUAUGUUUAUUAUAAACGAUUGUGUUCCAUAAUUGAAUAA